CCCCUCUCUGUCCUCUCUCUGACUUUCCCGCCUUCUUCUAUUCCAUAUUUUCUCUGAUUUGGGAGAUGGAACAUUCCAGUUUCCGGUUUCUCGCGUGGUUAGCUUAAGAGUCUACAUACAUGCGUAAUCGCGGAGCACCACCGAGGUUUUAGUUACGUCACGGAACCCUAUAGACUCUGGAAUAAAUGUCCACUUGGCAGAUUGUCUCCGGCGCCGGCAUCGAUGGUUUCCGGUGGGAAGUCGGUGGCCGUAUCAUCCUGUCUGACUCCGAUUCUUCCCUCUCUGCUGCUCCUCUUCCUUCCAUGUCUGAUCUAUUGCUCCAAGGAUGCUCGGAGCUUCUAGAUCCUGAAGAAGCGGUGUCUGGGGAAUUGCCCAUGUUCAGGACCGGGUCGGGGAAGUCUGUUGCCCUAAAAGAGUCUUCCAUUGCUAGAGCCAUGUCAUUUCUUGCCGACGAUAAGUUUGCUAAUUCAGGUGCAGCCAUUGCACCGUACAGGGUACUCCAAGCUCCACGAGAAGCUUUGCCUUUAUUCAGAACAGCCUCUGGGAAAUCCGUCCCACUGAAAGAAUCUUCUAUCACCAAAGCUUUGUCUGUUCUUGGAGAUGAUAAUAUGGCUCUUUCUGAUACGGUUCUUGCUGGAGAGAGCAGAUUAGGUUUCACAAACUCGUUUUUUCAGACGGGUUCUGGGAAGAAGGUAGGUGUAUCUUGUGCUGGUUUUGCAAGAGCCAAGGUAUUGCUAGGACUAGAAGAAGACAAUAUGAAUGGCUUUAACCAUGUGAAGGACUUGUCUUCUUCACGCAAGCAGCAUCGGUUGGUUGGGUUGGAAACUCGAAAACAGUCUGAUGCCGCAUCAGUUCUGAGUCAUUCAGGUACUCUUAAGCUAUAUGAGGGUGAUUUGUCAAGGAAGCAACCUGAAGUUUUAAAUACAAGUUCAAUGGUGCCUCCAAUAAAAUUUCGUACUGCUGGAGGCAAAUCAUUGUCAGUUUCAAGUGAGGCACUGAAACGUGCAAGGAACCUUCUAGGGGAUCCUGAGUUGGGAAAUUUCUUAGAAGAUGUAGCGGUUGAUGACAAAUUCUUUACACCACAAAAUGAUCAGAGAUCAGAUGAUAUUACAAUAAACAAUGGAAGUGGCAGCUCUGGGUAUUUUAAUCAUCAAGGAAAGUCAAGCAACAAACACACAUCUAUAUCUCCUCCACAGUCAUCUUCCAAGCAAUUAAGAUCUUUAGUUAAUCCAGGAAACCUAACCACAGGGAGUAAUUUAAUCAAGAAGUUUGAUGCUGCUGCCAGUGAGAAAGAUUGUGCGCUGAAUGUUACUGGGCCUGCCAUGCAGGAGCUAUUGCGCAACAAGCUUUCAGUGUCAGAUUUUUCAGUAAAGAAUUCCAAGGAAAUCAUUUUCAGCUCAAGAAUUAAACAAUUUGGAAGACCAGCUGACCGGGCACUUGCUGAUAUAACAAAUUCCAGUAGCACAGCUUAUGCAGACAAUAAACAAGCCAGUAAAGGGCAGUCCGGUGCACAAAGCGUCCCCGUUGAGCGGGGAUCUGGGGAAGGGUCCCACCACAAUAAACAAGCCAGUAACGAAAAGAAAAGAUUGGGCCGUACAGCUUCCGUUUCUCCUUUUAAAAGGCCACGGAGCUCCAUAUUUCAUACUCCUUUGAGGAAAAACGUUCAGCAUGCUCCAAGUGGUUUAUCUGUUGUAUCUUCGGAUAAUCCAUGUUCCAAAAGAGUUAUAUCUACUCGAUACCCACAUAGGAUUCAAAGAGUAUCUAUGAAGGAAUAUUUUGGAAUGCAUCCCUCAACUGAGGCCAAGUUAGAUCAUUUGCCCGACCAGGUCAGAAGAAUCACAUCAAGUAAUGCAGAUAACUAUGUUUUCUGUGAUACUUGUGGCCCAAACAUGAUUGGGGUUGAAUCUUUUCUCCAAAUGUUGGCUGAAUCUGGUGCUUCCUUGCAACAUGCUUCUAGAGAGUGGGUCACCAAUCACUACAGGUGGGUUGUUUGGAAACUUGCAUGUUAUGAGAAAUACUACCCAGCCAAAUGCGCUGGAAAAGUUUUGACAAUCCCCAAUGUCUUUGAGGAGCUAAAAUACAGAUACGAAAGAGAAAUAAAUCAUGGUCAAUGCUCUGCAAUUAAGAGAAUUCUGGCUGGGGAUGCACCAGCUUCUUCGAUGAUGGUGCUCUGCAUAUCAGCUAUUCAUCCGAAGAGCAAUGAUGGAUCUUGGGAGACAAAUAGUUCUGAUAAUAGCAACAAUGUGAAAGUAGAACUAACUGAUGGAUGGUAUGCAAUGGAUGCGGCUCUUGAUGUCUGGCUGACGAAGCAGCUGCAUGCUGGAAAAUUAUUUGUAGGGCAGAAGCUCCGGAUCUGGGGGGCAGGACUCUGUGGCUGGGUUGGACCAACAUCGCCUCUAGAGACAGUUAAUAAAAAUAUGAUUUAUUUGCUCUUGAACACUAAUGGAACACACAGAGCUCACUGGGGAGACCGACUUGGAUUCUGUAAAGGAGUUGGUAGCCCUCUGUCCUUCAGCUGUAUAAAGAGCAAUGGAGGUCUAGUUCCUAGAACAUUAGCGGGAAUAACACGAAUAUACCCUAUGCUGUACAAGGAAAGGUUAAGUACGGGGAAGUCCAUAGUUCGAUCAGAGAGAACUGAGAGUAAAAUGGUUCAGCUGCACAACCAGAGGCGUUCAGCUCUUGUUGAAGGUCUUAUAUCUGAGUUCCAGAGGGGGAUCUGUGGUUUCCACAGCCAGAAUGAAAGUGACAGCGAAGAAGGAGCCAAGAACUUCAGGCUUCUGGAGAAUGCCGCUGAACCUGAGGUCCUUAUGGCGGAAAUGAGUCCAGAACAAUUAACUUCUUUCACUGUAUAUAAAGCAAAGUUGGAGGCAGCUAGGCAAAAGGAGCUGAACAAAUCAAUAGAAAAAGCUCUGGUGGAUGCUGGCUUAGGUGUAAGGGAUGUCACUCCAUUCAUGAGAGUCAGGGUGGUAGGACUAACUAGCAGGAAUUGUUCGGGAAAGCACAAGCCAAAAGAAGGCAUAGUAACCAUCUGGAAUCCCACGGAGAAACAGAAAACUGAGCUGACAGAGGGGCACAUAUAUAGUAUCAAGGGACUAACACCAAUGAACUCAGAUUCAGAAACACUUUACUUGCAAGCCAGAGGGCCUAGCACAAGAUGGCAGCCUCUGUCACCAGAAGCUUCUCGAACAUUUCAGCCUUUUUUAAAUCCCCGUGAGUCUGCCUGUUUGUCAAAUCUGGGUAAAAUUCCUCUUUCCAGUGAAUUUGAUAUCGUUGCCUACAUUGUAUACGUUGGAGAAGCUGUUAAGCAAAAAAAGCAGUGGGUGUUUGUGGCAGAUGGGUCGUGUCCACAUUCACAGUCAGAAGAAAUAUCGAAUAGUCUUCUGGCUAUAAGCUUCAGCUCGCCAGAUAUGGGUGACGUUUCGCUUCCACACAUCAACUAUAAUCUUGUCGGUUCCACAGUGGGGUUCUGCAAUCUCAUAAAAAGGCCAAAGGACAAUAUGAACAAUCUGUGGGUAGCUGAAGCCACAGAGAAUUCAAUCUACUUCAUGAAUUUCGAUUCGCCUUCCCACCUUAGAACUGCCCGUGACAAUGUCCAAAGAUGGGCUAAGUUCUCUACCUCGGUGAUUGAAAAGCUUCAGCAGAGGGUUUUAUUUAUAAUCAGUGGCUGAUUGUAAAUAUAAUAAGCCUGAGGAGAUAACCGUCCGACUGGCGGUGUUAAAAAUCUUCUCUUGGUCAGGGUAUUGAUUUUCCUGGUUUAUAUCGAUCAUGUAUUGCUAUCUACCUACAUUGUACAAACUAUAUAAAACAAAAUUUGGACAAAUAUGGUGAUUUCUUUUUGGUACA